AUGCGUGUGUUAUGGACAGUUAGCAAAGGAAGUCUCGAGGGGCGUAGCUCCACCGGAGAGAACGAGAAGGAUAUAGGGACUUCGGGCAGUCUGCUCCUCUGGCAAGCCGGUGUAAGAAAUGAGAGCCUUGCAGUUAUUUUAAGCCCAUUUCGAUCAAUAACAGCCAAUCGAUCCGUUCAGGCGGCUCACUCAGUCUACGAGCCAUUUAGCCCUGACAUUGUCGAGACAUGA